AUGGCGUCUUCACAAAGCAAAGAGACAAGCUCGGUCAAUGUUUCUGCGGCUGGUCAUGAAACCGUCGAGGAACUGGAUCGGCGCAUUCAAGAACUCGCCCACCAUGCGCCGCCGUUCUACCAAAGCCGCAACUUGUUCAAGCUUUAUCUGCUCAUGAUCCCUGGAUGUCUUGUCCCUGCUGUAACACUGGGAUUUGACGGGGCGAUGAUGAGCGGCCUCGGCUGCAUCGUUGCCACACCUUUCAUCAGCGUUGUGGGUGAUCGCUGGGGUCGCCGUAUGGGGAUCUUCUUGGGCGCCGUGAUCAUGUUAAUUGGAGGUGUCAUUCAAGGCGCAUGCGUUCACAUUUCCAUGUUCUUGAUCUCUCGCUUCGUCAUUGGCUUCGGUCUUGUCUUUGCCAACACCUACGCUCCCAUGCUCAUCGGCGAGUUGGCCCAUCCCAAAGAUCGACAAGUCGCCACUUCUCUGUAUCAGACUUCCUGGUAUCUUGGUGCCAUAGCUGCCGCAUGGACAACGUUUGGAACAUUCAGGAUCCCCAACGACUGGGCAUGGCGAAUCCCAUCUUAUCUCCAAGCUGUGCCAGCUCUUGUCCAGAUCUUGGGUAUCUGGUUCCUCCCCGAGUCUCCACGCUUUCUCAUUGCAAAAGGAAAACCCGAAAAAGCAAGGGAUAUCUUGGUCAAGUACCACGCUAAUGGAGAUGCCUCCUCCGAGUUUGUCGAGUUAGAGUAUCGCCAGAUGCGUGGGGUCAUUGAAGCUGAACUUGCGAACGCCACCGGGUGGGCAUCUAUGCUCAAAACACCCGGUAACCGCCAUCGCCUACUUGUCAUUGUUCUUUUGGGUCUCUUCUCACAGUGGUCCGGAAACGGGCUUGUCUCUUACUAUCUCGUCCGUGUCCUCGAAACCGUUGGAAUUACGAAUGCCAGACACACCAACAUCAUCAACGGCUGCUUGAUGAUCUUCAACUGGCUCACAUCUGUCGCUUCCGCCUUUGCUUCAGGUCGUCUCAAGCGCCGAACACAGUUCAUGAUCUCCGUUGUGGGCAUGCUCCUCGUGUUCAGCAGCCAGACUCUUUGUGCAGGUCUGUUCAACGAAAGAGGCAACAAAGCCGCUGGUCACGGUGUUCUUGCGAUGCUCUUCAUCUUUUACGCAUUCUUCAACUUUGCCUUCAACGCUCUACUCUACUCUUAUCCCGUUGAAAUCUUGCCCUACCCCAUCCGAGCUAAAGGCUUUUCGGUUCUCAUGUUCUUUGGUAAGGGAGCAGGAUUCGUCAACUCUUUUGUAAACCCCAUCGGUCUCCAGGCCUUGGCAUGGAAGUAUUACGGAGUUUAUGUCGGUUGGCUGUGUAUUGAAGUUGCUUGUGUCUAUUUCCUCUUCCCAGAGACAUCUGGUCGAAGUCUUGAGGCCAUCGCCAGCGUGUUUGACGGGGAGAUUAAGCUGGACACUGAGAAGUUGGUCGAAAGUAAGGAAGGAUCGAAGGAGAUUGGCAAGGAGCUUUGA